AUGAGCGACCAAUCGGUAUACUAUGGAAGAUCAGUCAACAAGGUCUACAACCAAGAGUUCAUCAUUGACCGAAGAUUCAAAAUCAUCAAAGAGUUGGGCCAAGGGGCAUAUGGUAUCGUGUGCUCAGCCAAAUAUGACGACGGAACCAGCAACGAUCCAAACAACAAUCUGUCCUCGUCAUCAGAUGGGUCGUAUGUAGCCAUCAAAAAGAUCACCAAUAUAUUCAGCAAAAAGAUUCUUUGCAAGCGGGCAUUAAGAGAGAUCAAAUUGUUGCGGUUUUUCAGAGGACACAAGAACAUAACUUGUCUUUACGAUUUGGACAUCAUUCCUAAUCCAUUGACAGGGGAAUUCAAUGAAAUCUAUCUUUAUGAAGAGCUAAUGGAGUGCGACAUGCACCAAAUCAUCAGAUCGGGCCAACCAUUGACGGAUCUGCAUUAUCAAUCGUUCAUUUAUCAAAUAUUAUGUGGGUUAAAGUACAUCCACUCGGCAGACGUGCUACAUCGAGACUUGAAGCCAGGUAAUCUCCUUGUAAAUGCAGAUUGCGAAUUGAAAAUUUGUGACUUUGGUCUCGCUAGAGGGUUUUCGGAAAACCCAGAGCAAAACCAGGGGUUCAUGACUGAAUACGUGGCAACUAGAUGGUACAGAGCACCCGAGAUUAUGCUCAGUUUUACAAACUAUACAAAGGCCAUUGACGUUUGGUCUGUUGGAUGUAUAUUGGCUGAAUUGCUUGGUGGCAAACCUCUUUUCCGAGGUAAAGAUUAUGUUGAUCAAUUGAAUCAAAUCUUGAUGAUUUUGGGAACACCACCCGAGUCAACGUUGGUCAAAAUAGGAUCUCAAAGAGCACAAAAUUACGUUAGAUCCUUGCCAAUUAUGAAAAAGAUCAGCUACAGACAUCUCUUUCCCGAUGCCAACCCAUUGGCAUUGGAUUUGUUGGAAAGAAUGUUGACAUUGGAUCCAUAUGAGCGGAUUAGCGUCAACGAGGCAUUGGAACAUCCUUACUUGGAAGUAUGGCACGAUCCAAGGGACGAACCUGAAUGCCAAGUUAAAUUCGACUUCAAAUCAUUUGAAACCUAUGACGAACUUGAUGAAAUGAAACAAUUCAUUAUGGAUGAAGUUAAAACAUUUAGAGACUUUGUUAGAAAACCAAUAGAGGAGCAACAGCAAAUACAAUUGCAAAUGCAACUCCAGAACGAAGAGAGACAAGAAGAAGACCAACAGCAACAACAAAUACAAAACAAAGCAUUGGAUGUUAGCUCAUCAUCCGCAAACACUCGCGAAAAUGACUAUCCUAAACCACAAGAAUUGAAUGAUUUUUCGUUUCAAAGUCUUGAGUCAAACAACUACCACUACGAUACCAGAGACGAAAGUAUGAGUGGUAUAAAUUUAAACGAUUUUCCAAACACACUAGGACCUGAUUACUACAAACUUGAAGAGGAGCUUGGGUUUGGACUAGAUGGAAACACGUUUGACAAUUUUAAUCAUCAGUAA